AUGGAGAUUACAAGGGAUAGAGAGGGAGGCAAGCUUUGGCUGACACAGAAGCAGUAUUUGAUCAAAGUACUACAGCGUUUUGGUGUAAAUGAUGAUUCCAAAUCUGUAAGUACCCCACUUGCUCCUCAUUUGAAACUUAGUUCUCAGUUAUCUCCAAAUACGGAAGAUGAACGAGAAUAUAUGGUGAAGGUUCCCUAUGCAAACGCAGUUGGAAGCUUGAUGUAUGCAAUGGUGUGUACAAGACCAGACAUUUCACAGGCCGUUGGUACUGUGAGCAAAUACAUGCAUGAUCCAGGAAAGGGUCAUUGGCAAGCUGUGAAAUGGAUUCUGCGGUAUAUCAAAGAUACUGUAAAUAUUGGUUUGUUGUUUGAGCAGGAUAAAUCACUUGGUCAUUAUGCAGUAGGAUAUUGUGAUUCCGACUAUGCUGGUGAUUUGGAUAAGCGAAGAUCUACUACUGGCUAUUUGUUCACUUUAGCGAGUGCGCCAAUUAGUUGGAAGUCUACCUUGCAGUCAACGGUAGCUUUGUCUACGACAGAGGCAGAGUACAUGACCAUUACUGAAGCUGUGAAUGAGGCGAUUUGGCUUCAUAGGUUGCUGAAAGAAUUGGGUGUUGGUCAGAAACAAUUUGAAGUAUAUUCUGACAGCCAGAAAGAGGAAAUUGUCAUCAGAAAGGUUCCAACUUUGGAGAAUCCUGCAGAUAUGUUGACCAAGGUGGUGACAAGAGCCAAGUUUGAACAUUGUUUCUGCGAUUUGGAGCUGGCGCUUGACUGCGCCAAUAUGAAGGCACCGUGA